UCACGUGACCAGCAACAUAAACAAUGUCCAGAGCGUUUAGCGAGUUCCUCACAGAUUAGCUCCUAGAUUAUCGUGUAAAAUUGACCCGAUUGUACCGAACGCACCGUGAGAUAGUUUGGUUGAACAGAGGAUGAAGGACGUCCUGCUGGGGCGAAAGGACAUGUAAAGUUAAAUAAUGUAAUCUUAAAGUUGCGUGACAUGGAGAGCCGUCUGAUCCGCUGAGCUGAGAAGAUGGGAGCAAGCGCAUCAGUGUCUCUCUGUACCGACUUAAGCUCUGUACGAAUCCGGAGAAGCACGGCUAAGAUCUGCCCUCAGUCCGCUGCUGCUCUGCACCAGCCGCAGUGUGAAGCCAGGCCUGUAUUUGGUGUCGCCGUGGAAACGCUAAGGGAAGAUGGACAGCUGGUCGAUGGAGUGCCUCUUGUGUUGAGGCGCAUGGUGGAGUUCCUGGACAAAACAGGAGUGCGUCAUAAGGGUAUAUUCCGCAUGUCCGGCUCGGUGGUCCAGACCAGACAGCUGAGGCUGCAGUGGGACAGGGGGGAGGCGGUGGACAUGCAGCAGGACUCGGACGUGCCCACAGUGGCCUCGCUGCUCAAGCUGUUCUUCCGGGAGCUCCCCAUCCCCCUGGUCCCGGAGGCCCACCGCAGGCAGCUUCUGUCGGGCUUCGCAGAAUACAAGGAUGAGCAGGAGCUGAUCGGAUUCCUGAAGGACAUUCUGGGCUGUUUACCUGUGGACUACUUCAGCAUCCUGUCUUACCUCAUCCACUUCCUUUCCAGAGUGGCGUCUCACAGCCAAUCAAAUCAGAUGCCAAUGGAGAACUUGGCCACCAUCUUUGGUCCCUGUGUAUUCCGUGUUCCAACCGGACCCCACAUGCUUGAGGGGCAGAACGCGUGUAACGCACUAUUGCUCCGCCUCCUAAGACACCAGGACCAACUGUUUGUCUGUCUCCCUCCUCCUCCACCCAGUCCUCCUUCUCCCUCUCCUCCUCCUCCUCAUUAUCCUCCUACUUCCCGGGAAAUGGCCUUCACCACCCCUACCUCCUCACCGCCUCCGCCCCCGCUCUCUGUUUUGUCAGACUUUGAGGUGCCUACCUGUAGUGCACAGAGAGCCAUGCUGGAUGAAGACCGAAGGGCCUCCUCCGUGUCUCUCAGCAGCGCCUCCCUUGGCACCUGGGCCCACUCUCGGCUCGGCAGCUCUGACACCAUUAGGUCUUCAAGAUGGGAGGGGGGCUCUCAGCUCAGCACCAGCCCCCAGAGGGGGACUCUGGACCGGCCAGAGGAGCUGCAGGGGGACACUGCUGGUUCUGGGACCGCCCCCAGCCCCGCUGAUGUCGGCUCAGCCCAGCGGCCGCUCAGACUCAGCCCUGUGCGGACCACUCAGGGAACGGAGGUGGAGGAGGCUGACUCGACCAUAGGAUUGCCGGAGCCAAACGCCAAGGCUUCAGCGGAGAUCUCCCAGAGGGGUGGCGAGGCAGAGGGGGAGGGGGGCAGGAACAGAGACCAAAGGGACCUUUCUCCCCGCCCUUGCAAAGAAAUCCGCUCCAGGCCUUGCUCCCCCAAACAGGAUGCCAUCGAUCCAGAACUGGUUUCAUCAGUUACUGAGCAAAGACCAACCCAAGCAGAGAGGGUCAGCCUCUGUACAGAGAGUCCCAUAGCAGCCAGCCCCCUGGGACAUGCAGACCAGAGCCCGCGCCUCAAGUUCCAAGCCCUGGAGUCUGACCAGGGGGGUCCGCCCCCAGCCCCGGGGAGCAAGCCCCUCCACCAACAGAUGGGGGUCGCAGCGGAGCCCAGCCUGGUGCCCCCCACGCGGCUGCUCUCCUCCUCACCCCCAUCGCUGCUCCUCUCCUCCUCACCCCCAUCGCUGCUCCUCCCCUCCUCACCCCCAUCGCUGCUCCUGUCCUCCUCACCCCCAUCGCUGCUCCUGUCCUCCUCACCCCCAUCGCUGCCGUCUCAAUCCGAGGUCAUUCCAUUGCAGCAGGUCUCUAGCAGCCCUCGGACUCUGGUGGGCAGGGCCCAACAACCCGACCAGCAGCAUGACAUCAUCGCGCCCGUCCUGGACCCCGCCCCCAGGCCCCCCUCCUCCUCCAGCACCUCCUCCUCCUGCUCCUCUGCCGUGCUGCUGCAGCACAUGGGGGCCGGUGACAGGCCGGUCCUGUCGCCCCGCUGCCCCAGCCUCAGCUCCAGCCUGCGCUUCCUGUCGGACCCUGACUCCGCCCCCUCACCACCCAGCUCCCAGAACAGCCACAUGGCUCACCGCAGUGUGCGUACGCAGCCAGAGGAGGGAACCAAAGAGCAGGUGUCCAUCUCUUCACUGAACAGACACAUUCACUCUCUUAGGAAACAGAUCCGGCUCUUCGAGGAGCAGUUUGAACAGGAGAAGAACUACAAGCCAGCGCACAAUGACAAGACAGCCCAUCCAGAGGUGGCUGGACUCAUGAAGCAACUCAUCAAGAGCCGCAGGCAACUCAAAGACCACAAGCUCAAGCAGCUUUCACACGGAGGAGGGAGGAGAGAGCCCAGGGUCGCCCAACUCCCCUCCUCCUCCACGUCCUCUUCCUCCCCUUCUGAGGGGCGCAGGACCGUCCGGCACCAGCAGGGGGCGCCCCUGGCCGGGACGGAGCUGCAGCAGCUGGGCGGCAGCAACAGCCAGCUUGACGUGGAGGAGACGGUCCAGACAUUGAGCACCAGACUGAGGGACAGACGGAGGGAGCUGGGGCUGCCCGACGACCUCAAGGAGAUGUCUCAGUCCCAGAGGUCUCUGGAGAAGACCACUCUCCAGAAGUGCCUGCUCCACUACGAGAGCCUCCACGGCCGACCGAGUACCAGACAGGAGAGGAUGCUGAUGAGGCCGUUCUACGACCGCUACCGCCUCCUCAAACAGCUGCUGCUGGCGUCCUCCGUCAGCCCCGUCAUCACCACCAUACAGGAGGAGGAGGGCUCUGACGAGGAGGGUUCGAGGCCCCCCGGGUGUUUGUCCUCCACUGGUUCUCUGCUGCUGAAACGUUCCCAGGACGUCCCCGAGGCCACCUUGGUGUCUCCUCUGGAGGAGGUCAGAGUGCUCCCGCCCCUGGGCGUCACCAUGGCAACCCUGCACGAAGCCUCCAGGUCUGAGCUGCUGGAACAGAUGAGGAGCACGCGUCUGCAGAAGAAGAAGCUCCACCUCGCCCUCCGAGAGUUCGAACACCACUUCCACGCCCAGACUGGCAGGACUUGUCAGAAGGAGGACCGUGGACCAAUGGACGAGGAGUACUGCCAGUACAAGAACGUCAAAGUGAAGCUCCGCCUACUGGAAGCCUUGCUCAGUAAACAACAGGACUCAACCCAGACCAGUUGAGAGUCACUCACAGUGGGACUUUUAUUUUGAAAAGAGCUCUUUUAUUUUUUCAUAUAAGGAAAUAAAAAAAACAACAACUAAGAAAUAAGUUGAGAAUAUAUAUCGUCAUGGGUUUAUCUCAUGCCAUGCUCAUUAUAUAAGCACUUUAAAUGACAAUGACAAGGACAUAAGUGAUCGCAAAAGGACAACGCUAACUCAAUUAUUUUCACCAGCCUCCUGAACACAUCCCUUUUUAAAGAUACCGCCUCUUUCUCGGUGAAAGAUUUGCAGUGCCAUUAUUUUUUAAAAGCUUCAACCUAAAUAUCUUCAUAACAUCAAGUUCAUUUUAGUUACAAGCACUUCCUAUGCGGCUGUAUUGUAUGGCACUUUGUUUGUUACUUCCUCCCCCUCCCCUCUUCAUUCGUCUUGCCAAAACAGAGUUUGUAAAACAUGGUACAUAGUGUGAAAUGCUGCCUUUCAAAAGUGCUAUCUUGGCAAGGACUUUUUUUUCUGAAAUAAUACACAAUCUAUCAAGACAAUCCAGCAUGUUUGUGCAUGAGAUUUGUGUUUGUUUUACAUUGUGCUAUGAUAAGCAAUAGGGAUUUCAUAGUUGAUAUGAAGUGAAGCAAGUGACACGUCUACCUUGGAAAUGGAUGUUGCCAGUGUAGUGCAAAUAAUUUCAAUGUCAAAUUGUUUAUUUCCCCCUAAAGUUAUCCUUGUUUGAUUCCUAUCUUCCAAGUGAAAUGCCAUUGUUGACAUUUAUAAGAGCGUAUUGAUAUUGUGCACUUCUGGUUUAUAUUUUUUUAAUAUAUAGAUAUAUCAAUAAAAAAUAAAUAUUUUUUUCACAUCUACUCUGGUGAACAUGGUUCUGCUUUCACAUAUCAGCAGAAACAAAGGACUGGUGUGUGGCUACGGGCGGGCACUGACAGGUUAAACACUCUGGUAUCACUGGACUGAACCGCUUCAUGCUUAAAAGACUGGAAACUAAUGAUCCUUCAAACAUUGAGCUCUGUGUCCUUUUUUUUUCUUAUUUUCCAUUACCUUUGGCAUAAAUAAAGAUGACUUGAUGCUGCAACCCAAAUAGGUUGUAGUACCGGUCGUUGCCACUAGUAGGUAGUCAAGUACAAAGUAGAACCUUCUCUGAAUUAAUUUUUAAACACUUUGCACCAAAGACAGACGAUAAAAUGAGCUAAAAGUGAGCUAAAACGCACAAGCUUACUUUGACGACAGCUGACUAGAGUGAGCAGGUCAAGGAUUGCGAGAGAUCGCAAAUGACAGAUCAAAAAAGAGAAAACGACAGCUGUUUAAACAAAAGCGGAUGAAUACAUGCAUUAACCUGUUGAAUGUCUACGUUUGGUUAGUACCGUUAAAGGGUUUGUGGAAGUUAGCCAUAAUCUGUUUCUAGCGAACGACAGACGCAUGGGCAUUACGGUUUGAUUGUGGAAAAUCGGAUGCAUUUGCGUUAAGAAUAAUAUCUGGGUGUGGUAGCGGUCUAGUAUGCAUCAUGUUUAGUUUCUUUAUGUUGCCCUGUUCAACAACCUCACUUCAAGGUCAUGCUGUGACCUUUCAGGAGCAUCCCUCUGCAGAGCGGUGAUUAUGCGGCGACAAACGUGUGUCUGUCUGUGUGUAUCUUCCUCUUCAGUCCUUCCUUCCUUUCUUCUCUCUUCCUCCACAGUUUUCUUCGGGAAACGACGGUCUCUUAAGGAUACAGAGGUGUGUCAGAGAUAUGUUUCUAGUGAUGUCUUUUUGCAUUUCUGCCAGUCUCCUAAAUCUGCAUUUGCAUGCGCCCACAACCACAUGUGUGUGUAUAAUUCUGCGUUGUCUGCGUGUGUAUGUGAGAU